AUGGCUUUACUACAGGAACAUCAGCGUCAGGCCUUUCUGGGGAAGGUUAACCUUAGCUCCAGUGAGCCGUCCCAGGCGAGCUCCUCUAGUGAGCAGGGGAGUCCACCAGCCAAGGCAGGAGUUUUUAGCCGGCUGGGGGCUCCGGUUUGCACACAGGGGACUCCCAGGCCCAUGGGGCAGGUUGGGGCGUUCAGUUCCACGGGGCCCUCUCCCAGGUCCAUUCCCUCCCUCAUGUCCCUCCCCACCCGGCCUGUACCCUCCCUCAUGUCUCUUCCACUUCCUGGUCCCAGCAGGUCACUUCCAAGUCUAGGGUCAAGAGGCUCAUCCUCAUCUGUGGGGGCACAGGGAUCAAAGUACCCGGGGAAUCCCUCAGGGAGUAGGGGAGUGGAGUCUCAAUUGUGCAGGGAUCUUCCGGAGGCAUUUGACAGCCAUAUGCAUCUGGAUAGGUCCCUGACCAAGAUGGGGCUGCCUCCUCGGACAUCUCUGGGUGAUUUCCUAAGGGUGCGGUUGGACCCUGUCCCUGUGGAUCCAGUCAAGCUGGCUGGAGGGGUUGCAGUUUUCUGCGAUCCGAAGACUUGGCCCAGUGUGCCUUUGAGGCUGGAGCCAGGGUGGGUUGGAGCAGUGGGAAUCCACCCAAAGAGUGCUGGGCAGUUUGAGGACGCCGUUCAGCACCGGUUCCACCAACUGGUGUCGCACCCAAGUGUGUCCGCCCUUGGAGAGGUGGGGGUGGAUUAUACUGUGGAGGAAAAGCUACACGCCCGGCAGAUAUCGACCUUGCGAUGGGCACUCCAGUCCUGCCGCUUUGACCAGCCUGUGGUCUUGCACAUUCGGGGUGGCAGACUGGAUAGGGUUCACGCCCGAGCCCAUCGCGAGGUCUUAGAGGUUCUGAAGAGUGUGGUAGCUAAUCCGCUGCAGUUAAUUCAUCUUCACUGUUUCCAGGGGGGGAUUGCUCAGGUGCGGGAGUGGCAAGACUCAUACCGCAACGCUUAUUUUGGGUUUGGUAUGGGUGUCAGGUCCUUUAGCUCUGAGCAGAAGGAGGCCUUGAGGUCGGUGCCCCCAUACAGAAUUCUCUUGGAGAGUGAUGCUCCUUACUUCCCCCCACCAAAUGCACGGCAGGGCCACCCUCAUUACCUUUAUGAGGUGGCAAAGGUGGUGGGGACAGUGAGGGCAGAAUCACCGAGGGAAAUUGUACGGGUGGCCCACCUCAAUGGCAGCCGUCUGUACGGAGUUAACCCGUAGGUGGGCAACUCCCAACAUGUACAUAGCAACAGAAAGGCCCGUUGGCCAGUUACAAUUGUUAGAGAAAUUAGUUAUAGCCAGUUGGCUUCCAAUAAAUGAAUUUACAGCCCGUUGGCUCCUAAAUUAACCAUAGUUAUAGCCAGUUGGCUCUUAGUAAUGAAUUUGAGGGCCCGUUGGCCAAAAGGGGAGGAUGUAUAUAUGCGUAAUCCUGGGGUGUGUGUCAUGGGGAUCCCGAGGGUGAGGGGAAUUGGGGGUGACCAACUGUAGUUCAGUCUCCAUA